UCACUUGUCCUUCUUUGCUGAUUCAUUUGGGUGACACACGGAGAAGCACGGCUACACUUUUCGCAGGUUUUCAUUUCACGAUGAUGCGACCUAAGCCAAUCGCGUCCAGUGGCUUUUUGCGCUUCCAUUUGAUGAUUGUGAAAGACAGCCAUCAGCGACGCGAAGUGGAUGCCAAGCCCAGGUAGACCAUCUCCAGUGCCAACGAAUGUGGCAUUAUUGGACCAGCAGUGGGCGCUCCCUUGGCAAGAUCUUCAAAAGCGCGACGAACCAUGGCGGACUGGAUUGGACGGCCAGCGCUAAGGACAAAUCAAGGAGGUGGAAAGUUGGAGAUGAGAGAGCGACGCCUCUCACGUGAUCUCCAGCACGGAAACUAGCCGAUUCGGUGGAGCUAAUGCCGGAAGGUCUCGAAUGGGCUCUCGAGCCGAAAUCAUUAAUCAAAAUGCCGUGAUCAGAGAAGCUGUCGAUCUCAGUGGUUGAAGCAUGGCACCAGCAAGAGAACGGUCUGUGCAAAAUGAUGACGAAGACGAUUACAUGUCCAUGGUAAUUGAGGAUGUACAGUCGAGGUCGAAAGAAACGAGUAUUCAGCGCGCGGCGAGGUUGAAGCGAGAGGGCGAGGCCAGAAGUAGACAGAAGACCAAAGAGGAACGGGAACGGGAUGAACGGCUUGCUAGAGAAGCUGCUUUGGCGAGCUCACUUGAUGCCUCCAACAAGGGCUUCAAGAUCAUGACCAAACUGGGAUACAAGCCUGGCAGUACGCUGGGCAAGACAGCCGAUGCCCGGACUGAACCCAUCCAUCUUUCCAUGAAGGAAGAUCGCGGUGGCAUCGGCAUGGACAGUGAAAAGAAACGAAAAAUUCGCGAGGCACUUGAGACAAACGAGCGCCUGGAAAAAAAAGCGAAGACAGACCAAGUCGACUAUAGAGAGCGGCUGCAGCAAGAGCGUGAAGAAAAGCGACUGGAGCAUCAGGCUCAUGCUGCUCAGAGAGUAGCCGAACGGCUGGACACAGAAGCGGAGGAAGAACAAGCUGGUGCAGAGAACUCGAAGCUGCCUUUUGAAAAGCGUCCUUUGAAAAGCAUCAAUGUGCUCUGGCGAGGAUUGGUCAAGGCCCGACGUGAACGCGAGGCUCAGGAGCACAUGAAACGUGAAGUGCAGAAGAGUCUGACAUAUCGUCGCCCAGAUUACAAUGAUAGCGAUGAGGACGAAGAUGACAGUCGCGCGUUUUCCACGAAGAAAACCGCGACAGAGUUCUUUGAGCAGGACCUGGAGGAUGAAGACGAGGAACUGGAUGAAUUCGACGCGCUCGCGCCCGCAGAGCGCCUGGCAAGGCUUGUUGCAUAUUUGCGAAGCAAACACUUGUACUGCUUCUGGUGCAAGUCGAAGUACCCAGACGCAGACUUUCUGGGCUGUCCAGGUAUUACGGAGGAGGCUCAUGAAUUAUGACCUGUAGUAGAGACCAGCUAAGUCACAAAUUAGCUCAAUAAUGCCAAAGUCUAUGCGAAACGUAAUGCAACAUACACUGC